AUGUCUCAUGAUAACAUUGAUAAAAUUUUAUCUUACAAAAAGAAAGGUCAGCGUGCUAGAGUCGAUGGCGAAGGUGUAGCGACCACAAGUGAUCAAUGUUAUAUAAAUGAAAUUCCUAUAGAAUUAUUUACUCACAUUGUUUCUCUACUUGCUCCGAAAGAACUAAGCAAAGCGGCUCAAGUAUGUAAACAUUGGCGAUGGAUCAUCACUGAUGAUUCAUGCUGGAAGAGUGCAUUCAUUCAAUUUUUCGGAUGUCUCCCAUUUAGACGAUUAGCAAGUGAUAGUUGGAAGAAUGAAUAUAUUAUUCGUACAAAAUUACUAAGAAAGUGGGAAAAGGGACGAGGAUUAGCCCUAAGUUUUGAUCCAAGAGUUGGUGUAAUUCAUAAUCUUUAUGUUGAGUCCGUUAAUUCUUGGAUGUUAGCUGGUUCUUUAGAAAAAGGCAUGGUUUCAAGAUCUGAUCCUAAGACCGGAAAGAUUAGCAAGGACAUUAUAUUUUCGACACAGGAGCGAGUUAGUCAUAGCAUUUCUGCUAUGUUAAUAGAUAGGCAUAGGAUCCUAUGGGGCUAUAGGUCAGGCGCAGUUGGACUUACUACCUUGAAUAAACAUGGUUUAAAUCGAUUUUUCAAACAAUUUCUCGAUUUCCAUGCAGGACCCGUUUCAAGUCUUGCUUGGUCAAAUCAACUCACGAAUAUUGUUGCGAGUGGUGGUGAAGAUGGUUUAGUUAACCUCUGGGAUGUUAAUUCUGGAAGAUGCAUUGAAAGUCUUCAUACAACAGGAACAGCAAAUGGCGCAGUUCAUAUUUGGUCAAUGGAUUCCACAACGAUAUCUUCAUCUGAGAAUUCUCCACGUGACAAAAAUAUACCGCACGAUAAAAUUGUUGGUACAAAUAAAGUGAUUUCAUUGCAUUAUAUUGAAUCGUCAAAUGCCUUGAUCGUAGCAUAUGAAGGAUCCUCAGAAAUAAAGCAAUUUGAUUUGAAGACAUUGAAGUGUAUUUGUGUGUUCAAGGAUGGGCAUCUUGGUAAUGUGACAUGUACUGUCAUUGAUAUUCAGGAAAAUAAGAGUAAUUCAAAUGAAGGUGGGAUCAAAUCAUUAAAUAUUCUAGCAAGUGGGGAUACGAUGGGUAUCGUUUGUUUAUGGAAAAUUGAUGGUGAUAAUGAUGGAAUUCAGAAACCUUGUAGUUUGGAUGGAUCUGUAAUCGCAUUUAAUCCAUUGACUUCGAAUGAGAUUUGUACAUUGUAUCAGAGACCUCGAAGAAUGAAUAGGAACCAACCAAGGGUGGCUGUUACUUGUAUUUAUUCAAAAGAAUACCGAACUGUAGUGACCAUUGGAGGCCAGAUUAAGACUUGGGAUUUUGAACCUGACAUUGUUAAAGGAAAUAAAGCUAAAACCUCAAGGAAAAAAAACACUUCCGUUUCAACACCUAAAUAUAUGAAAUUACAGAAUGAUGUAAGAGAAUCGACACAAAUAUUUGAGUUAGAAAAGCAAGAACGUGAAGAACAUCUUGCAAAAAUGCUAGAAUAUGCACCAAUUCCUGGAUUAACUAAUGAAGAAAUGUUAGCAUAUGCUUUAAUGAUUUCUAAUGAAGAACAUCAAACUGAAGAUGAUCUAAUUGCUGAAGCUUUAAGAAGAUCCUUGGAAAUUCAAGAGCACGAGAUGAUACCUUAA